UUGCUGUGGCUGAGGCGGCUAAGGCUGAGGCUGAAGAGAAGAAGAGAAAAGAAAAAUAUCUGGUGGAGAUAAGUUAUUUCCUAAGCAAUGCUCUAGCGAUUAUCAAAACAAUGUUGAAGCUGAAUACCUCCCGUCAAGAUGGAGAUACACAGUUAGUAGAGGAGAUUCUUCACAGCAUCUUCUUUUUGGGAAGGAUCAUGACACCACCAUUGUCACCGGAAGAGAUUGUGCUUGAUACGGACUAUUUAGCUGGGUUGAAGAAACAGUUCCCUCUGCCUUUUGAACCUUCCUCUUUCUCUCAACUACCCAGGCGGAGUCCAUUCUCAUGUGUGCUAGACAUGAUUGUUUUCCUGGAAGGACCAGAGAAGGAAGAUGAAAUAAUAAAGAGGCUUCAAAAGAUCAUCAGACCGCUAAAUCAAAAGCUUCUGGUCCCCUACACCAUCUGUGUCUCUCAGAUCACGAACAACCAAAACUCAGUCUGUAGGUACUACGGGGUCUCCAUGUCCAGAAUGUGGGAUGAUUUCUGCCUUAUCAUGAUUUCUGCAUCCUGUCUUAAAUACUGGCACAGUGAUGUUGCUGGUGCAGUGAUGACCUACCAUCCAAAUGUUACGAAACAUCCACGUUUUGAUGGAACCAUUACACUUCCAAAGCAGGUCACUUGCGAGACGUUUAAACUUUUCAAGGUGGGGAAAGUGUACAUGCCUCCUUGCAUAAGAUGUCAGAAUAUGUUUGGUUUAAAAGAAAUAGAUCUUGCGGAGGGAGCCUCAGCUGAAUCGCGAAUUGCAGCUCGCAGUUCACACACGAGCUCCACUAGCACCGCCCCCCCCCCCUGAUACAGAUACACCUAAAACGUUUCCCUAUGGCAACUGUGCUGAGGUUGAAAGUUUGAGCAACUUGUUUAAAAAGGAUUCAGAAGUUAGGAGGCAAGCACGACCAACAUCUGAGAUGGGCACAGAUGACAACAGAGAGAUGGCUGCAAAGAGGGUCAGGGCAGAUCUCAUGGAAUGGUUGAAAGAAAAACACAGCUUUACAUGGGAUAAUACAUUCUACAACCCACAGUUGUAGAAUUGACUUGAUUGAGUUGAUGAUAAAAAAGGGAAAAGAUUGAAUAUAUUGAUAGGUAUAAUUGUUAUGCUCCUUUUUUUUUAAGUGACCAGACAGAUCUCUUUUGAUAUUAGUCACAUGAACUUAAACUUACAAAUGAUCUCACUUGAAUCCUCUGUGUUGUGAAUUUAUUUAUGUGGAAAUCAAAUACAUCAUGCUUUAUAUUUGCUACUUGUUAUGUGUAACAGUAAAUAUAUAAAUGCAAAUGUUUGUCGACUGUCUGAAUGAAGCAUGCAGACAAUGAUGUAUUGAUCAUGUUGUUAACAAUUAAAUAAAAAUAAUGUAAACUAAG